AUGACGAAACGUAACUUCUCAUUCGGGAACUUGGCGGCGGCGCGACAACGCGGAUCCGCCGCGGGAAAAUCCGCGGACGACAAAUCCGCGAAGAUCAAAUCCGGCUUUGGAGUUCAAUUUUCCGCCGCGCGUUUAAUCACCUCCGAGCGUUCACCUAAUUCCCACUCGGGACAGGCGGUGGGGGGAGGUGUAGCAGGAGAGGGUAGGGGGGGUGGGGGGGAUAAUUUAUCCGCUUUUUCGCGAUUCCUAAUGGAAUAUUCAGUCGCGGGCGACUUCGGCCGCGUUAUC